GGUCCAAAGACUUUCAGCUAUUAUAGCCCUUACCUGACUGUCCAAGCUAAAUGCCUAACCCUAACCAAACCCCAACUCAAACCUAAUUCCAACCGUAACCCUAAAACCAAGUCUUAACUAUCAAACAGUUGAUUGAAUAGUGAGUGCUGGCAAAAUGUCCUCACUCUGUAAGUCUAUGAUUAAAAUGGUCUUCACAAAGUUAUAAGUACAGGAACACACACACAUUGCCUUUCAGAUUUUUCAGCAACAUGUUUCUUGUUUCUCAGUUUCUUCAGCUAAUGAUUAAAAACAAAUAAAUUCAGAGCAAUGUAUUGAAGAACUUCAUAUUUUGUAUUAAAAACAAUGGGAAACUGUUGCAUCAUAUAUACCUGCAGAUGUCAGAUCAAAAUGAACAUUAUUUCGAAAUUGAGGUGAGAUGAUCACCUUGGACAGGAGUCAGGGUUCCGCAGGGUUUGGAGUCGUGAAAGGACGAACCAAGUUUACUCCAACCUAGGUUGAGCUUAGCUCGACUGACAUCUGGUCGGAGAUCCCCUGUCGCACAGCCAAGCCUCUCAUAUCUUAGCCAAACAGUGCCAUUCCUCCUGCGUUUUUGUGUGUUGGACCUCCAAAGCCUCAUAUUUAGCCCCGAUGUUCUGGUUCUCCAACCUUAGUGUUUCCAUGUCAUACCUCAUGCCCUCUGUGGCUGCUGAGACUUUCCUUUGCAUCACAAUUUUUUCCAACGCUCUCGAGACCCGGCCUUUCUCCCUCUUGAGUUUUUCUUCAAGUAUUCUGCCGGUUUCUCUGAGGUCCUGAUCAGCAUGCCGACUCUUGUUUAGGGCAUCCUCAAGACGGACCUGUUCUUUUUUGUCCCUCUGCUGCUGUUGCGAGAGCGCAGCCUCAUAAUCCCUCUGGAGUUUGACGUCCUUGGCUUCAAUAUUACAUUGAAGAUUCUCAAUAAAGAAGAUGUGCAUGACGCAAGCCUGAGGUUUAAACAUUUGGACAGGGACACAGCCGACACGGGACAACUCAAAGCAGAGUGGAGGACAAACGGGAGGAAGGGGAGCAGAGCUGCUGCUGCUGAACGCUGGGGAGAGAGUUUCUUUGCCACACCCCACUGAGCUACAGUGAAGAGCUCAGACCAAUGGAGGCUUCCUCUGGAGAUAUUGAAGAAAGCACUGAAGACAUUCCAGGACGGAAAAAGUCCAAACUCAAGUCCCUGAGAACUCGUCUCUUCGGCAGGAACAAGAGAGCAGAUGGAGAGGGAAACACCAAACUCAGUCAGUCGUCCAGCGACAUCACUGCAGAACAGGGACUAGGAUCAGAGGAGGAUUUGGUAUGCUCCCAGGGAAUGAUGGGAUCCCGGGCGUUCUCCCAUGACAGCAUCUUUCUGGCUGAGGAGGUUCUGACAGACACUGAACCAGCCAGGGUCUUAUCCCAGGAGAACGUUCACAGCAAGAUCAAAGCUCUGCAGAUCAAGCUUCAGCAGCAGAAGAUGCAUUUGGGGCCACCCCCCUUGAUUGUGCCAGUCAGACGUCCAGAGGACCUGUGCGGCCGCUCAGAGGAUGACAGCUCAUGUGAUGUUUCAGGACAGGAUGUUACAUCACAGGGAGGGGUCUGCAAGACCAUAUCCAAGCCAUCCCUUCGUCCUCUCUCACCUAUCUCCAAAACCGCACUGACCAACUUUGUGCCCCAGUUUCCAUCCCAUCCUCUACCUCCUGCUGUCCCAUCCAUUUCCCCCAUCAUUGACAGUCCGUUGGACUUCAGUUCUCCUGCUCAGUUCACCCCCUGCCUGGAUACCUCUGCUGCACGCCACCGGAUGUCCGUCAAACCCAGAAACCAACGGGCCAGCACCAAGCAGAGACUCGCUACACAGACUGAUUUUAGGCUUCCGUCACAGUCCCUGAACAACAUUGACCACCCUGAGUAUGUGGAAGAAGAGGAGCAGCGGCUUUGUGCUCCAGACAAGGUGUCGCUGGAAACAGAACAAAGAGAAACAGACACUACGACCAUAGCUCAGCACCUUCCUACCAAAUCCCCAGAGUUUGCACCAAUAACUUUAGAAGAAGCCCCCAAAACAUCCAGUUUGACUUCUUCCCAAACGGAUCAUGCUCCUCCUAUGAGAAAACCCUCUAUCUCCUCACAGGUUCUUCGACCUAAGCCUCAAAGGUCAGUGGAUGUUGCGUCCGCUGGACUUCCACAUUCAUCCUUUAUAGAGUCAGAACUCAAAACCAAAGGAGAGGGGGAUGCUGACAAACAUGUAAUGUUCCACGACAAGAGGAAUACUCUGAAAAAGGUUGUAGUGACUGAAGAGACCCCUGGCCAGAUGUCCUCUACCUCCAGCUCAGCACUGGCCUCCAGGGGAUCCUCCAUUCAACAGCAGGUAAAAGAUGAGACAGAGAGCAUAAGAGGAAUAAAGAGAUCUGCCCCAGGAUCUGGCUCCUUCCAUUUCUCCAUCACCACUGCCAAGAAACGAGAUGGGGAGAGACCCCGGUCGAGCAGUUUUGUGGGAGUGCUGAUUCAAGCCGAAGCCAGGCACAAGAGCAAAGGGGGGACAGAGGAGAAAUGUGUCGCAGGCUUAAGGGAAAAGGAGGAACUUAAAGACAGAGUUGUGGGACGCCUAAAGCAAGAGGGAUCUCUACGCAAAGGCUCAGGGAUAACAUGGGAUGAGAUGGACAGCCUCAAAAAGGCAGAACCAGUGGCAUCUGCGUCUAAAAAUGCAGCCGCAGACACUUCAGCAAAGGAGGAGGUGGAGAGCAGCCGGGAGGUGGUGGAAGAAGCAAUGGAAGCACAGGAGGAGGUCCAGGAGGAAGAAGGGAAGACAGCAUUUGGUGUGAAACUACGCUCAACGUCUCAAUCAAUGAGAGUUCGAGCUGAUCCGACCCCUAACCAUUUCUCUAAGCCGCCAGUCAGUGAGGACCAGUGUGACAAACAAAACAGACAGGAGAUGCGCAAUAAUGUCGGCUACGUGUCCAAAAAGCCGCUCAUCCCUUGUACCCCAUCCACCUCUGGAGACAUCAGAGUGUCAGGUCCAACCGCAUCUGGCUCCACCCUUCCACUCAAGAAUACCAUACCAUCAACGGGCAAUUCUUCCAUCACGUCUGCAGAGGUCCGAGCAACCUCCUCCGACGCCGGAGAAGUAGGUACUGCCCCUUCUGGGCCUCAGGAGCCCCAGUCUGCCCCCGCACCAGCAUCGUCUGAAUUGUCCUGGAUGAGCCUGGCAAUGGAAAAGACCAGAACACUGCAGCAUCUCUUCACAAGCAGGUUCCCCAGAGAUUUUACAGGCGCGCACACUGUGGCUCGACCGCAAGCACAAGUGCAGCCGACGACUCAAACAGAGACACAGAUUGCUGAAGUGCAGCAGGGUUCAACACCAUCGCAGGCUGCAAAUCAGCCAUCCAGUUAUACAGUGAAAACAGCAACGGUGCAAAGUACAAGUCAAGCACAAGCUGUCAAACCAUCACUUGUGUCAGUGCAACAGAACACCACAACGGUAGCUACUGGUCUGUCAGAAACUCCUAAAGAAGCACAAACAUCCAAACAAACCAAUGAAUCCCAGUCACACCCAAGUACAACUCAGUCUGCCUCUCAGUUUCUGUCUCAUCCACCUGUACAGACCAAGCUAUGGACCCCACAGUUUCCACUACGUUCUUCUACACAAGCAGACACCUUGUCUCAGUUUGCACUGAAGGGAAGCGCCACUCACUCUCUUGCACAAUCUUCUUCAAGCCAGCCAGCCACCUCCCAGCCACCUGCUUGGACUAAUCGAGGUGUCCAGCCCACCAACCAGCUCAAACCCACAGCUUCAGUUUCCACCACCACAUCGAUCACAGCUCCUCUUCCCCCAGUGUCUGCCCUGGGAAAAGGGGAGCGAGACGCCAACAUGCAGGAAAAAGAGGGUCCCUCACCCACAGGAAGACGAGCAGUUCUGGGCGGGUCAGUGAGCAAAAGGGCUGCUUUUCUGGAAAAAAAAGCAGAGUGGGUCACACCAGCCGGAGCGAAGGAGGUGGAAUUGAAGAAAGCUCAAUCGGAAGUGCAGUCAUCAGAUGAAUCCCAUGUCUCUGCCACUACAACGCCUCUGAGCACAGACACAAAACCAGAAGGAAGACCAGGGGUAAAACCUACAGAGUCGAUCCCCACCAACGUCCCAGACAGGCCCAGUGAGGACAAAUGGCUCCGGAAAAACCCUGCAUCUUCUUCGCCCUCCUCGUCCCCCACACAGUCGUCAGAGUUGCAGUCCAUGUCGGACAGUGGCAAGCCGUCCUGGAUGGAGCUGGCGAAGAGAAAGUCAAUGGCAUGGAGUGACAAGACCAUGGACUAAGAAGGAAAAGAGACCAAUAUAGAGAAUAUGGCAACAUGAAGAUGAGCUGCCCUGCAGACAAAUACCACCUUUAUUAAGGUUAAUGAGCUGAAUGUUUGGUGUGACUGUUAGAAUGAUGCGGAUACUGUGAUAAUUUAUGUUGUGAGGCUGUUGUGUUUGAAUUGUAUUUAAUUGUUAGUUGUUAAUGUUGAAAGAUAAAGUACAUGUUGAAAAGUUCACUAUGAUCCCUCUGCACCACAACCACUUUAAGAUGAGGGGUAUUUCCGAAUCAUGUUUUAUCUGAUUCAUCAUACAGCUGUUGACACUGUAUGUUAAAUAAACAACAAAUUUAAUGUCA